CUUCCUUUUGUGUCUGGAUGUCAAAAAGUUACAUCUUUUAAUUUAACGUGCAUUUUACAAAUGUUCCUGAUUGGGUGGUAAGUGUCUUAAGAUGCUAAAUUUCUAAAUAAUCGCCAUGUCUCUGACGGAUAGUCUGAAGGAUAUAUGGGAGCUUUCUCUGGAGACCUUGCUGUUUGUGUCCAAAGUGGUUUAUAUUGUGGUUAGAGAAACUGUUCUUAAUAUACUCCCAAAGAAAAAGAAGGAUCUUUCAAGGGAGGUGGUUUUGAUUACGGGUAGCGCCCAAGGCAUUGGCAGACAGUUGGCCAUCGAGAUAGCCCAAUUAGGAGCGAAAGUGGUCUUGUGGGACGUUAAUGAGAAUAAACUGAAAGAAACAGCAGAAGAGAUUUCCCAAUCCGGCGGAAGUGUAUUCUGGUUUGUUUGUGAUGUCACAUCGGAAAAUGAAGUGAAUACCAAAGCCCGUCUCGUGGAACAAAAGGUCGGGGAAGUGACCAUCCUCAUCAACAAUGCAGGAAUCAUGCAGAACCUUCCCAUGAUGGAACUGAGCAGCGCAGGCAUAAGGAAGACCAUCGAGGUUAAUCUCUUGUCUCACUUCUGGACAAUACGAGCCUUCCUACCCAAUAUGGAAAAGAAUAAUCACGGCCAUAUUGUAGGCAUCUCUUCAUGUGCUGGAUUAGUUGGACAUGUUAACCAAAUUGAUUAUUCAGCGUCAAAGCACGGAGUUGUUGGCCUGAUGGAAGCACUUUCAGAAGAACUAAGGCUUAAGGAGAGCAACAUUAAAACCACCACCAUCUGUCCAUUAACAGUCAACACAGGAAUGAACCAAAAUCCAAUCACCAAGUGUUCUUGGAUGAUGCCAAUCGUCAGUGUGGAUGACGCAGCGAGGCAGAUGGUCACAGCUAUAAGGAGAGAAGAUUUCAUCGUGACUCUUCCCAGGCGAAUAAUCUUCAACUUAUGCUUUGCCAGACUUCUACCUCAUCAGGUUUUGUCCGAGUUUCUCGACUUCACGGAUUAUUGUAGAGUCAAAAAUUCUGAUUUGAAAAGAGUUUUUCCUGAUCAGAACGGAAAAUGACCGCAAAAGGAAAUAUUGGUCACCUUCAAGGUCUAUGAAUCAUGCAUUUGAACAAAUCGGGAAGCAAUGCACUCAAUGAAGUCACCCAAAGAAAGUUUCCAAGAAUAAUUGCAAGCUCUGUGACAAUCAGAACUAUGUCUUGCAAUUCUUUUGUUAAAAAGAAAUAACGCUUCUAUAACUUGAAGAAGAAAGAGGAAGUAAAAAUUUUUCCCACCCAAUUAUUUUUAAGUGGAACAUAUCAACGAGUUUGUUUAGAUUACUGAACUUAAGUUUUCCUUAUUGCUACAUGAAGUGACUUGUGUUGUAUUAUUUUACUUCUGAAUUAGUUACUAUAAAUCUGAACACUGUGAUAUAUGAAGAAAAUAUAUUUUAAUGCAAUAUUAUAUGUUAUAUCAAAAUGUUUUUUUUAAAGUUUUUACUAUGAUAGUUAUAUGUAAAUAAAAUUUUAUUUCAAUA